CUGACCUGAAGUGGAGGCAUCUAUCUUUGGCCGCCGCCGAACACGGGCAAAUUGGCGAGCGUCAGCGACCCUUCUAGCGUGGCUUCUCGAAUGAACCCGGGGCCCGGUACUGAUGCCGCUCACCACUAUCCCACCGACACACUCUCAUCCUGACACUUGUCAUCGCUGCGAGCCUCCUGUUACUACAAGAUUACUGACCGACUACCCGCUUCACCGACGCGCCUUACAACGUGGUGACCCCCUGGUUGGAUCUUCACCGGGCUGUUUGCUCUGGCGGUGUAUCAAAAGAAAAAUUAAGAGAGGCCUCCACGAUGCCAUUCAAGGGCCUGUUUGUAGGCGUCUAUGCCUCUAAUCGGGGUAUAAGAGUCAUGUUUCUGCCUGUGCUGUACCUGCUGCUCAGUGUUCCUUUACUCUCCGUCAUAAUAUACUACUUUCCUGCAUCUCUACCCCAGUUUGUGCAAGCUCGAAAUCCAUCCGAUAUUUUGCUGCAAGUCUUUGUUUCCCUCAUCGCCUUUACGCUACCCACUAGAAUUCUUUCGGGCAGAAGUUGGUCAAACAGUCGCAAUGAAGGGAAGAGACGGGUACAACAAAUCCCAUACUGGACACCAGGGUUGCGAAAUUGGCUCAAUAUAGUGUUUGGUGGUGAAGGCUGGUUGAAGGGUGUUAGUGCAAAUGUCUUUCUUCCACUUUUUACAUACAACGCUGCAGGGACAAAACACAAUGUUGUCCUAUCUCCAGCAAUGCUAGAUCAAUUACUUGAGAAGAAGGAGGGUCUCGAAGAAGCUGAUAUCAGCAAAUGGGCGGCGCUCCAAAAUGCGUUCGGAAUGCCAAAGAGCUUGAAGGAACGUGGACUUGUCCUGAAAUCUGAGGUUUCAGAAGUCACUCAAAAACAGGUCUUCAAAGGCAAAGAGAUGGAAAAGCUGUUGGCCUCUACACUCAAUCACCUUUCCGAGUCACUCCCCGAUCUCAUCACCUUCAACUCUUCACUUGUCGACCAGAUGUCCUGGGAGCGAGUAGCCAACAUCGAAAUGACAGAAGGAAUUGAAGAAGUGGAGUGUGAGCUAUUCACACUCUUAAACGAGUUCUUCUGCAACGUCUUUAUACCUCCCAUCGCCGGGGUUCAGUUCCCAGAAUCUUAUCAACUUCUCGCAUCGGACCUCGCAACCUUCAACCAGUUUUACUAUGCACUCGCGACUGGAAUCCCGCGUCUUUUUCCAAUGGCCGGACUUCCCGGUGCUGUGCUGGCCAGGAACAGGUUGCUGCAGAAUUUCGAUAGAUUGUUUUAUGACCUUGCGAACCCACCCAAGAAGAGGGUGCCCGAGGACGAUGAGAGCAUGAGUGGUGAAGAAAUGGACGCUGAUACUCCAACUCCAUUCACGAUUUUAAGCGAGCAUUUCACCAAGUUCGAUGUUGAUUAUUCAGCCCGGGCGGCUCUUGCGUUGGAGAUUUUGCACGGUGUAUUCUCAGAGCUUGUGCCUGUGGCAUGCUGGACAAUACUGCAUGUACACAAAGACUCGGUACAUGCAAAGGCUGGCCAGGAGACCCUUAUCGAGAGAAUACGAAAAGAGACCAAGGUAUGGGCCGAGGCCGUUCAGCCGCCUUCAAUACACCCAUCCUUCCCCACGCCACCGGAGAUAUCGUUUUCUGGCACAGCGAAGGCUUUGAACGCGGCAACCUUUCCUCAGAUACGGUCCUGCAUCAACGAGUCGAGACGACUGUAUAAAACCUCCAUCUUCACAUUGGAAGCUACGAAGCCUGUAAUCGUGACCGAGACCUCAAAUAUUCGGCCAGGGGAUCAGGAGCAGUACGAACUCGAAACCGGAUCUCACAUCGACGUCGGUCUUUCGCAGACUCUCAUCAACAACUCAAAUGCCACUUUCCUCUCUCCAGCCGAGUACCAACCGGAUCGUUUUGUUGACAAGUCACCCCCCUCAUCCGUCACCGCUGUAUCCAAAUCCAACGAACCAUACACAACAGCUCUCCUGGUAGCCUUUGUGGCUGGUAUACUGCAACUGUGGGAAAUUGCACCUGCUCCCAAAAGAACCAUUUCCGAUCAUUGGAAUGAGGCUGCGACUGCUGCUUCUGGCGAGAAGGUCAAACUCAACACAGACGAAGCAAAGAAGGGGGUGUGGAUCGUGCCAAAAGCACAGGAUGGAGCAAACUAUAAAAUUCCCAAAGGGGAAGUCAAGGUCAGGAUUCGGAGGAGAGAGGGACUCGCCGGGGCGAAAAUGGUUGUGGGAAAGAGGAAGUAG